AUGAAAGCCAUCACUACAUUCAUUCGCUGUUUUCUGUGCAUCAUUUUGUGUACUUUGUCAAAAGCAGCUGUAAGACCCAAACGUUACACGGUGGAAACUUCGCUUGACAACAAAGUGUCAAAUGUCAGCCUCAUGGCAAUGUAUCAUUCGGAAUCCCUCACUGAAUGUUCCACUAUGUGUGGUGAACUUUGCGCAUGUUUUGGCUUCAAUCCCCAACUACAGAAGUGCCGUAUCCAUCAGUCAAGUGACCCAGCAGACAUGAUCAUUAAUGAAACAGGAUGGAGGAAUUUUUAUCCUGAAGUGCCUCGAAGUUGUAUGGAAAUUUUACAACGUAGACCAACAGUGAGAGGAAAAGAUGGGGUAUAUUCGAUUAAUGUCGGUGAUCAGAAAAAGGAAGUGUACUGUGACAUGACUACAGAUGGAGGGGGCUGGACGGUUAUCCAAAAACGACAGGAUAAUUCAACGGACUUUUAUAGGACUUGGGCAGAUUACAAGAAAGGAUUUGGAGACCCAUCCAAAAGAAACGAUGCAAUUCACUCUUUAACAAAGACAAAUCAGGAACUACUAGUGGAUCUUUGGAGUUUUGAUGAUGAAAAAGCGUAUACCCUGUACUCCGCAUUUCAAAUUGGAGACGAGAGCAGUAAAUACCUGCUAACAGUGUCGGGGCAUUCAGGAACAGCGGGAAACAGUUUGGGCUGGCACAGUGGGCAUAAGUUCAGUACAUGGGAUCAGGAUAACGACAUUUGGGAUAAAAACUGUGCGACAUACUGUCACGGAGCCUGGUGGUACAGGGACUGUUACGCCUCCAACCUGAAUGGACAGUACGUUGGGUCUGCUUUGUAUGGUGUCAAAUACCCAUUCUGGCGGCAUUGGAAAUCUCUCAACGCGCUAAAAAAGACCGUAAUGCAGAUAAGACCGAAUAAUUAA